AUGACCACCACUUUCCAAGAGCCCGGUUCAGCAAGUCGAGAAUGCAGUGCCUGCAUGGACGAUCACACGUCAGACUUCAUCAUGGAGGUCGAAGGCGAUCCGGUCUGCCAUGACUGCAUUCGUCAAAUUUUCCAUUUCGCCAUAGCCGACGAUUCCAAUUUCCCGCCCGUCUGGUCGGGAACGCCGCUGCAAUUAGCAGAUUUUGAACGCAUCCUUGACGCUUCCAUGAUCUCAGACUUUCGCGACAAGGCCGAGAAGUACUCAAUGCUGCAGCGCCAAGGUGCCGGGUCGGAAACAGAACUCAGCGAGCAGGACAGAGUCGAAGGCAUCUUCAUUGCUCCAUGUCUCACCGGCAUCACGCUCUAUGCGAUCCAGGAUGCAAAACGGCCGUCCAGCUCCGAGAUGGCUGCAAUCACAUCACGUGUAUAUGCUCUGCUUCAUUCUGCUUCAUCUGCGGACACUUUGCUCAAGAAAAUUCCAACCACUGGGUUCGUGGGGGCUGUCCCAGGUACCACCACUCUGAUCACCAUUUGA